UUGAUCACUUGCUGUGUUCAUCUUCUUGGAUCGCGCCACCCACGCCACUUCCUUUUUAACCCCGAGGUAGGGAUCCCCACCUCUAACAUCGCAGGGAUCCCACCCCUCGAGAGUCACCCCCCCACCCCCCCGCGGAGUCGGCUGGGCUAACCAGCCAGUCCACACACCCGCCGACGAUGGCCACACCCGACGAUGGCUCUCGCCGAGAAGAGCGAGCUUGCGAGCAGCCCGAGCUCCGUCAUGGCCGGUGUCUUAUCGCCUCUGGAGGCUGCGGUGUCUGAGCGGCUGCUGCGAGAGCGCGCUGGCGAGUUGACAUCACUUGGGCAGCUCUCGCUGGUCAGCCAGCGCCGCGCCGAAGAAUGCCCGAUCUGCUGCGUGCCGGCGUGCGAGCAGGCGUAUCCACUCCCAGCGCUGCCGCAGGGCGCGUAUGCCUGCGCGCACGCGAUUUGCCGCGAUUGCAUCGAGAGGAUGCUGAUUGCGGCCUGCGAAUCAUCCGAGCCGUCGCGCGCGAUGCGAUGCCCAUUCUGCCGAGCCAAGGAGGUCUGCCAGGCCGAUCUGCCAGUCCCUCCUUGGUACCGCGCCGUCCUGUCCCGGCGCGCGGUCGUCGAGGCUCGUGCCCACGCGGAGAGACGCUGCCGCGAGAACGCGCUGGCGACGUUCCAGAUGGCGACUGCCCACGCCGCCUCCAACAUCUCCGCCCUACAGCGGCUGGUCUUCAGCAGCGGCGCAUCGGAGCGGCUGCAGCAGGCGCUAAUUCGCGGGUCGGGAAGCGCGGCGGGGUCGGAAGACGGCAUCUUCAACUUUGAGGACUUCGAGGAGGAGAGCGAGGAGGAGGAGGUGGAGGAGGAGGCCCGUAGCGGCGGCAGCGGUGCCAGCGGAGGGCUCGAGGUGAUGAGUGUGGCGGAGGCGGAGCUGCUGUAUGAGGCGGAGCUCGAGGCGGAGGCGAGCGUGUCGGCGGAAGGGCUCACGCUGCGCGGCUCUCCGCCGAGCGACCGCCUGUCCGAGUUCUUGCGGCGGGUAGGCGCGGCGACGACCGCCCUCGAGCACUAGCUAGAGGCACGCGCAUCGAGAGCGCGCGUCGAGAUCGAUUCGUAUAUCUUUGUGUCAAUAGUUGAGUUACAUUGUAUAAUAUGAACUGUACUGGCGUGUG